GCAUCUGUGUUUUUCUACUGUGAAAUUUUCUAUCAAUGCCAUAGUUUAUAGUACACACGGACUUUACCUGCCUCUCCUUUUUUUGGUGGACAAUCCUAUGUGCCAUAGAAAAAUAUUUUUUUCCUCAGGGGGAGGAGGUUUGGGUUUCGUUUUUUGGAGGAGUAUCAAAAUCCACUACUUGCUCAAUAUGUACGUGAAAAACUAAGAUGGUGAAACCAAACGGAAAACUGCAGAAACAAUCCUUCCUUUGGAUGUUGACUUCAUCUUUAAAGCAUGUUGCAUCUUUCGUUGCCUCUGCAUUGCAAUUCGGGGAAUGGAUUGAUCGCCCCCUGGUGGACAAAAUAUGCACAUCUACGGCUUUGAUCCACAGUGCCUUGCACAAAAACCUCCAAAGUAUCCUCCAAGCCAAACCUGGCCAACAGACUCCCUGUACCGGAUUUUUUUCUUUACUCUCGGUUGUUCUAUUGUACAACCGAGAAGUUUUUUCAACAUAGGUACUGAAAACGUCUUUCUUUUACUGUAUUGGUACAUUUGAAUGAUUUUCUUUUUUUGUCUGUUUCUAGUUUCAACUAAGCUGAACUUGUCUCUGCUUUGAUGUGAUCUGGAUUGUGUUCCUAACAAACCGCUCGGCAUUGUAGGAUAGAUUCACUGUUACCCAAACGACAACUUUGGCAGCUCCCAAUGUAAAAAAAUUCAAAAAGAUAAAAAAAUAUAAUUUUGAUAAAUACUGUCUAGUUUUGGUUAAACUUUCGCAAGUAGCCCCGAAUGCGUUUUUCUACAGCGAGCUAAAACCAGACCAGGUUGAGCACAAGGCAUUGUAUGUAUUUUAUUGUUUUUAAAAAGGAAAAAGUAUUACGCUUAGAGAUAUUAAUUUCUAUUUUUUUAGUCAGAAUAGGAAGGGCAAAUUCAGUGACUUUUUCGACUGUAAACUUUUACUAUUCAUGUACAUUAUGGAGUUAACAUUAUCAAUGUAUAUAUCUUUCUUUUCGAUGGAAGCGGAGUGUCGUUCGUUCACGAUGUUACGCUGUGAUUUCGAGGCAUCGAUUUUACUUUCGCAGAUUGGGCGAAACUGACCGGAUGAAAGUCGUUCGGUUUUUGACCUCAAAUGUUCUUUGUACGACCUUUGCAUUGUUGUUUCGUUUGUUUUCAUGUACAACUACUUGUUUGCCAUCCGAGAAAUGAUUGCAUAUCCUUUGUCAGCGUUUUGUAUCUGUUAAUUGUUACCCUUUGCUUUGUAUAAUACGGAAAAUUCCUCUACAUGCUAAAUUUAGAAAGGUGACCGUUUAAAUAAACAAUCGUUUUUCAAUGUGAAAACCGGAAAAGACCACUGCGUUUCCUUACAGAUGCUAUUUGCGUUGUUGCGCUACAGUUUACCAAAAAUUAACAAAAUUGACAUCUUACACAAAUAGGGUAAUGAGAACAGAAGAGGCACAGAUUUGAUUAAAAUGCCGCUGGUCUUGAAGGCUUGCCGUUGUUUGCCAGCACUCUUAUGGAUCUUAUUAGUUUAGCUUUCAUCAUUUCACUUGUUUUGUUUGAUCCCUGCUGGUCCUCGUUACAUUUUAUAGUUUUUCUGUUUUAUUUGAAUUCGUUCUUCGUGCACGUAAGCAAUCCCCAGAGCUGUUAUCUGCUUAUCUAUAAUGUAAAAAAUAUACUGAUGUAUAUUUUUAAACGUUAUGUAUAUUAUUUUGAAUCAUAAGGCGAUGUAUGAGUGAAACUGUAUGAACCACCAAUGCCCCUAAAAUAUUUCCCCUCGCUGGUCGAAUUUGUGCCAUUGCCGUUGCUGUGCAUGUGUUAACCACAUUCAUGUCCUUGCAAACAACAUCAAAAAAACAUCUGACCGAGAUCAAACUGUGCCACGACAAACUCAUUUUUACUGAUUGACAGUUUAGUUACACAACGAGAGCCGGGCAGUGAUGUGUACAGUUAAUGUUGGAAUGGUAUGAAAAGAAAUCUUUCUGUGUGUAAAUUAUUCAACGAUUAACUGUUUAUAUGAAAUUUAUGAAUAAAAAAAUUGUUACGAAAGAAACGUUUUGGAGUUUUGUUUUUAGUUUGCACUUGAAAUCAUUCCGAAGGGGCAGCCUGAUCUCACAGGAAUUCGUAACUAUUUUACGAUGUGGCUAAUUUGUAUUCAUUCGUACAGUGUGAAUCGUACAAAAUGUACGACUAAUAGGGGGUAUAGAAAAAAUGAGGCCCCUCCCAUCACUGGCGCAAAAAACAGAUUCUACGAAAACGCACGAAUGAGAUCGUACAAGUUCGUACGACUUAACAACUUUGUAAUAUAGUAUCGAAUUGACGAGACGUUUUGUUGGAUGGACGAUUUCAAAUGGACAAAUUCGGUUCCUAUAUUUACUGUAUGGAAAUGAGGCCAACAAAUUCUUUAGAAAUCCGAAAAAAAAUCAAGCAAAUCAAAAUUUGUAUUAUUUUUUUCAUUUCAAGUGCUACUCUUUUCUUCCUAACCUGGUGAAACCGAGAUCUUUUUUCUCAUCUGGUUCGGCAACCUUUUGAAUACGGUUGGUUCACCAUGUCAACCACAAGCUUAUGGGUUCUGUUUAGCUUUUCCUCCUCUUUACUCAAAAGUCGUAGAGCUUAAACAUGUUUUUAUGUUUUUCAUGUCAAUUGACCUGUGCACUUGCAAGACAUUUCUGAGGUUUACUGUUUUCCUAAAGUUUCAAUUGUACAUCCGUCCAUUACGUUGUUAUUGUGUCACCUUUGUAGUUCUCAGCACUGAAUGCGUCUGCAGUUGCAAAGUGUGUAUUUGAGUCUGAAGAGGAAGUUGUAACCGAGUUGUUAGUUUUAAGCUGUGGUUAGCACUGCGCUCUACUCAUUUUCGACUGUUUUAACAAGCAGUCCGUUUCGUCUUAGUUGCAGAAUAUUUUUUUUCGGUUUUAGCUCUUUGGCAUCAGAGUGUAAGCCAUGCCCUCAUGUACCUGUUCCACCGUCGGCGACCAGUUCCUCCACUUCUUUAUCUCCGGCUUCCAUCCCAGAAGACGUCUUCUUCAGCAGAGCUUCUGAGGAACAGAGGAACUUCCUGUCUGAAAGUGACUGCAGCAGUGGGGAAGACCUUUUGGACCUCAGCUCUUCUUUAAAAGAUUCAGAGUAUUUCAGAGAUCUGCAGCUCGGAUCGACAGUGUACACUGACUCCCCGCAAACACAGAUUCCCGUUCUGAUCACGUCUGUUUGUGAACUGGAUUCCACACUGGAGAGCAGAUUCCACCUGAAUUCUGAAGCGUUCCAGUUAGUUCGCUCCACAUCUUCUCCUGGAGGGGAAACCAUGGACCGCUUGUUUGCUAUAAGAACGUCAGAGUUCCAGGAUUUUCCUGGACCAGGGCAAGAUGAGGAUUCAGAAACAGAGAGCAUUCCGAUUUUAGUCCGGUCCAUGUCCACGUCACGCAGGCACAGCUCUGAUAUGCCACUGUCUCCAAUUGACCUGGGAAGAAGGUUCAGUUUAGACACCACUGACAUUGACAGCGAUGGGGAACAAGAGAUGCGAUGUUCCCAUUUACCAUCUUCCUCCUUUUCUGAGAGUUCAGUCGAGGAGACGUCUGGUGCCAUCGAAACUGAAAGCCUUGAAACAGCUAAGACUCCCGCAUCAGGAAAGAUGGUGUAUUCCAGAUCCGAGAUUCUCGCCACUGAAGUUAAUUCUCAGGCUGACAGGGUCUCUCGCAUACUGGAAACGUCUCAGCAGGCUGCCAGAGAGGCCGGAGAGGAACAAGAGACAGAAGAGGGGCUGCAGUCUGUGGAUGGACGAUGUCACGUGCUGAUGGUACAGAAAGUUCUUCAAGAGCUUAAACAGUAUCACGGAACUUCAAGCACAGAAAGAAAAGAAUUUUCUGGAAAUGUUACAUGGUAUGAAUUCCUCGCCAAAGAAAACGAUGAUGAAGAAGAGGAACGACCAGAACGUUCAGAAAAAGGGACCAAAGUCAAGCGCACCCUCAGCUCUCUGAGGAACCGAAUGACGGGAUCCUUCAACAAAGACAAAGGUAAGACCCGUGAGAAAGAGCAGCACAAAAACACAGAGAAAGAGUUCAAAGAGUGCAAGAAGGUGCGACGUGUCAGCGUUAGCGGGCACCAGCUAGUGCCCGGCUCCUUUUCCAGCUGGGCGAGGUGUUCACUGUGCAGCAAGAGUCUGCAGCGAAAGCAUGGCCUGCAGUGUUUGAACUGUGCCGUCAACGUCCAUAAGAGCUGCAGGACCCUGUUACCGGAGUGUAGCAGUAAGGGCAAGACUAAAGAUUCAGGACAGAAGAUAUCGACCUCUGCCGCUCAGUCAAAUAAUCAAGCUCUGAGGGAGACCAGCUCUGCCCUGACACUCACCGCCGAUGGCUCGUCCAGAACGGCUCGCUGCGCUUUAGGUAUGACCGUUUCGCCUAAAGGACACAGCGCCCAACCAGCCGCCUCCAGCAAUCAUACAGCCAACCAGAACAGCAGCAGCAGCGGCUCUGUCUCAGGAGAUAUGGACGAGGUCGAUGCGUUCAGGAUGAAGCGCCCUGCUGACGACACUGUGUCUCUCGUCUCCUCAACACCCGAGUCGCUCAUUGUGGAAGAUGUAUAUUACACCACUUUGCGGGGCGAGCUGGAGUCCAUCGCGCAGGACUUUGAAGUGGAGUCCUGGAGUCUGGCCGUGGAUAACAACUUCUUGAAGAAGCAUACGAAGGAAAUGGCCAAGAGACAGGACGUUAUAUACGAGCUCAUCCAGACGGAGAUGCAUCACAUGAGGACGCUGAAGAUCAUGCAGCGUGUGUACGCCCGAGAGCUGCGCGAGGCCUUACAGAUGGACGACAAGAGGCUGGACUGUUUGUUUCCACAGCUUGACAGCCUGCUGGAGCUGCACAGUCACUUCCUUUCCCGCCUCAGGGAGCGGCGCACAGAGUCCCUGCAGACGGGCAGCGAACACGGUUACGCCAUCAACCAACUCUCAGACAUCCUUAUAUCCCAGUUUUCCGGAGAGCUUGGAGAACGAAUGAAAGACUGUUACGGGGAUUUCUGCAGUCGCCACACUGAAGCAGUCAACUAUUACAAAGAACAAAUUCAGAACAACAAGAAGUUUCAGAACCUCAUGAGGAAAAUAAGCAAUCUGUCAAUUGUGCGGCGAUUGGGCGUUCCAGAGUGCAUCCUGUUGGUGACACAGCGAAUCACCAAGUACCCUGUUUUAGUGGAGCGAAUCCUGCAGAAUACAGAAGCUGGCACAGAGGAACAUGAAGGUCUGGCAGAAGCUCUCGGCCUGAUCAAGGACGUCAUCGUGCAGGUGGACGCUCAGGUCAACCUCUACGAAAAGGAAGCUCGGCUCCGAGAGAUCUCGUCCAAGAUGGAACCCAAGCCACUGGGAAAGAUCAAGGACGGACGUUUUUUCCGCAAGGAGGAUCUGUGCCAGGGCCGUCGCAGGCUGCUGAAUGAAGGCACGGUCUUCUGGAAAGCCGCGUCCGGUCGACUCAAAGAUAUUCUCGCUCUCCUGCUGACUGACGUUCUCGUAUUGUUGCAAGAGAAGGAUCAGAGAUACAUGUUCUCUACUGUGGACAACAAGCCGUCCGUCAUUUCCCUGCAGAAGCUGAUCGUGCGAGAGGUCGCUCACGAGGAGCGGGCAAUGUUCCUCAUCUGCGCCUCCUCUAACCGACCAGAGAUGUACGAGAUCCACACGGCCUCGAAAGAAGAGCGCAACACAUGGAUCACGCACAUCCGACAGGCGGUGGAAAGCUGUCCACAUACAGAGGAGAGGCUCUUCAGUGAGGAAGAGGAGGCCAUGGUCGCUCGAUUCCGAGAGUUUCAUGAGCGGCUGAUGUUGAAGGACGCUGAGAUCGCUCAUAGCCUCACAGAUAAACUGCAGUUAUUCUCAGAUCUGGUCGAAUCUGUGGCCGGUGUGGAAGAUGUCAGUCAUCACUCGCGUUUGCUCCUGCGGGGCGAUGCCUCGGACCUCCAGCAGGGGGAGCAGCUCAUCAAAGGAGCCAUCACCGAAGUGGAGAACCUACAGAACCUCCUGGUAUCCGGUGUGAAGGAAACAUCUCUUCAAACUGAAGGAAACCAGAGUCCAGGGUUGAGCAUGCUUCCCCGCAGGGCCGACACCUUCGGUGGCUACGACAGUACUCCUAAAAUUCUGCCUAAAAACGGUAGUGUAAAGAAGAAGGUCUCCGGAGCGGCGGGCAGGUCCAGGGAUCGCAACGAACGAGCCAGCUCAGACCCACAGAUCAAAGAGGCCUAUGCCUUUCAAAUCCAGGAAGAGCUGGAUGAGACCUCAUCAUCCGGCUGCCACAAAACAUCAACCUUCAGAUUUCCACAAGCAGAGUUCUACGAGCGAGUCCUCCUGCUGUCUCAGCGGCUCUACAGUUUACAGGCCAUCGUCGCUCAGCAGGACAGUCACAUCGAGCUCCAGCGGGCCUCUCUCCUCUCUGCCGAACGGGAGCGUUCUGGCGGCCGAUGCCGCGGCACGGAUGUGCUCCUCGAGCAGGAGAAACAAAGGAACCUGGAGAAGCACCGCGAGGAGAUGGUAAACUUUCAACGUCUGCAGAGCCAGCACAGACAGGAGCAGGCCCGCUGGGAGCGGGAGCGCGAGAGGCAGAGACGGCAGACCGAGGCGGCAGAACGGAGGCUGAAGGAGAAAGAGGAAGAAUGCAGACGGCUGGAAGCCGGGCUAGCCGAAGAGAGACAGGAGCUGGAACGGCAGAAGCAGACGUACCAGCAGGACCUGGAACGGCUGCGGGAGUCAACAAGAGCGGUGGAGAAAGAGAGAGAGAGACUUGAACAGCAGAGGAAGCUGAGAAAGCACAACACUGUGGCGAACGCUGCUGCGUUAUAUGCACAGGAGGCUGGAAAGCUUCCUCUCUCCUCAAGCUUUAACGGCGAGCUCUUGUUUGGUGGACCAGGGGACCAGUCGCAUCCUCAAAAGGUGCUCCUGCGAUCCUCUCUCUCCGUAUCCCCCGCCGACUACCCGGACCGUCCCGAGAUCCACUCACGCCGAGAGAGCUCCUGCAACACCCUGUCGACGAAAACGGAGGUUCCCAUCCACCUCGUCAGCACCACCAACCAACUGCACAAGCAGGGAGGAGUCCAGCAACAGAUCCCCACCAAACUCGCCGCCCUCAGCAGGGGCAAAGAGAAGAGCGGGAAGGGAAAGAGUUCACACCGCUCCGAGAGCUUGGCCUCUGUUGACAUGAAGCAAUUGCUGCCCGUCAAGCUGUCAGCACGAGAUUCAGAGGGAAACCUAAAAGCACGCCGCCCCGUCAGCCCCCACCACCAGCCCCUCCAACCCCAACCGUCACACUCAGAUUCCCUCAGCCCCCCGGAUGGCAACGUGGACGCCCAGUCCAGCCUCGCCGUUCUCACAACCCAAAACCAGAACGUCCAGCAGACCCUCCAGUACGCUGUGGGCGACGAGGCAACCAAGGAAGACGUUAUCUUUUUCUGAGCACCGUCCACGGCAUGCUGGGAAAUUCCAAUGAAAAAACAUACGUCUUUGACCUUAUGAAGAAACAGUCUUAAGUUUUACGUAGAGACAUUUUAGCUCAGUCUUAACUGCUAACAAUUUUUUAUUUUGUAAGUUUGUAAAUACAACGAAGGAAAAUAUGUUUUAGAAAAAAAUGCUCACUGGAUGUCAUAGAAAACCAAAAGACUCCGUGAAUAUAAAGACAGGGAAGGUGUGGAACGAUUCUGUAGCAUAUGUUCCUAACGGACGAAAUGAAGAAUAUGGGGACGGUUUGGUUCGCUUAUUGUGAUGGCGAGCAGUUUGCACAGCCUCAGUGUUCCACUUAAUGUUAAAUCAUGGAAUUUGGAUGACAAUAUUGUGGCAUGCGCUGUUGUGGUCAAUCUGAAACAUGUUAUUUCACGAUAAAGCACUGAUGUGUUAAUUUGUGGCUUUUUUAAAGGGCCUUGAAAUUUGGUCAAGGUCUGUUCGUGUUCAGACCAAACACUGUCUAAAAAAUGGAAGAACAAAGAAAUCGACAGCAGGAAUGUGAGAAUUCAAGAUUUUAUAACUCCGUUUUGAUUCAGCAGUUAUUUUAUGUUUUUAGAUAAUGAAGGAAACGGUUUUAGCUAACAAUAAUUUUAAAGAGGAAUAUGUAAAUCUCAGAAACAGUGUCAAGAAACGUCUAGGCCAUUUUUAUCAACAUUAUCAAGAAAAUGAAGAAACCGUAAUUUCUUAAUUUUCUAUUUUUAUUUUGUUAUAAAGUGACCUGAAAAUUUCCUUGUUAGAUUCACCCAUCCUUGUUCUUUUUAAAAAGAGUGCCAACAAGAAUAUCUCAUUCAUUAGGUCAUGUAACUGGCACAUGAGCAACUAAACAGGUUUGGGAGUUUAUUUUCAGUUACUAACAAAAAUGAUUCGCCAACAAUGUUCAGUAGCUUAGAAACCAUUUUUAUAUCACAAUGAAGAUUUUUGUACACAAGGUUAAUUUGAUCUCUUGUUCUGCUAAGCAGCUUCUCUGUUUUGCUUUUCCAGUAUCACCACCGACAUUCAAUACAUUCGUUUCUAUUUCAUUACCGUAAAGUUGAGUGGAGUUCCUCUUCUGCUGACCACAGAAACAAUGUCAUUGUGCAAGGUUACUUUUACUUUGGAUUCCUGUCUUUCCACCAAAGACUAGUACCUAAAAUUCUCCAUUUCUUUGUUAAAUUUUAAUAACGCCUGUAAGUAUGAAGUCACCAAUCUGAAGUUUGUUUAUAGAUGACAGUGUGAUUUGUAUGUAUUAUGUUGUACAUAGAAUUUCGUAGAUGAGAUGUAGAUAUUGUGCAAGGUUGUCACGUAACCACUGGAAUUAGAGAGGGUUAUAAAACGCUGUCCGGGUAUAUUUUCGUUUUAUUCCUUUGUAGGCACUUUUUUCUUUAUGAAAACGACUUCUGUCAUUCAGUCUGAGUGGUUUUUUGUUUGUUUAUAAACAACAUGAUGCAUCGCUUUCGAGUAACAUUUUAAGUGUUUAGCUUGAUGUAAGAAAAGAAAGUUUUUACGUUCAUCUUUGUGAAAAAGUCCCAGGUUCACGCUUGGAUGGGCAAGUGAAGGGACGUUUUUUAUACUGUAGCAGAUCAGUUUGACCAGCAAAGUGUAAAUAAAUGUCAUGUGAUUUUGAUCACAUUUUAGUAAAUUCUCUCAAGUCAGCGACUGAACGUUCCCUUUUGUAGCUGCAGAGCACUUUACCUCAAAUUUCCGUUUUGUUUUUGUAACUUUACAAAUGUGAGCUAAAUGUUCCCGUCUCUUUAAAUUGUCAUUUGAACCAUUAUGUUGGGCUUUGUGUCUGAUUUUCUACAGUACGAGUAAUUUUCUUUAAUGUAGAGGCCUUGUGGUCAACUAUUGUUGUCUAUAUAAAUAUAUCAAAUGUCCCAAAAAAGAAAUAUUUGUGAUUACACUAGCCACUUUUGGACCAAGUAAAUGUUAAGGGGACCUCAAGUGUUAAAUCUGGGUUUUGCUUAGUGUUUAAAGGACGUUCCUAGCACGCCGAUUUGAUUUUUUUACCACAACAUUGUAUUCGCUCCAGAGAGGAUAAUAGAAAUAUCUGUGAACACUUAAAUGCGCUGCCUUUAGAGAUGUUUUGGUAAUAAAAUAUCUUUAAAAAUUUG